CUGUCCGAAGUUGUGACGGAACGUAUGCCAUGAUAAUGAGUUUUUUCUCUGGUGGGAGUUUUUACAGGGGUAUAAAAUAAAAUGAAUUUAGUGUAUUUGGAGAUUUUCUCGUUAUCUAAGGUUCCCAGUUUCCCUUUCAGUGUCAAGAAAACGGGCUUUUGAUAAGGCGCGCGCCGCGGGCAGCUUCUGCCUCAGCGGGUCUUUGGCGGCCGCGGGAAGACCCGAGAGUCAUUAGAAGCGCAAGAUGGCGACUGCGGCCGCAACCUCGGCUUCAGAACCCGAGGCUGAGUCCAAGGCUGGGCCCAAGGCUGACGGAGAGGAGGAUGAGGUUAAGGCGGCGAGGACAAGAAGGAAGGUGUUAUCGCGGGCUGUGGCCGCUGCGACAUACAAGACCGUGGGGCCAGGGUGGGAUCAGCAGGAGGAAGGCGUGAGCGAGAGCGAUGGGGAUGAGUACGCCAUGGCUUCCUCCGCGGAGAGCUCCCCCGGGGAGUACGAGUGGGAAUAUGACGAAGAGGAGGAGAAGAACCAGCUGGAGAUUGAGAGACUGGAGGAGCAGUUGUCUAUCAACGUCUAUGACUAUAACUGCCACGUGGACUUGAUCAGGCUGCUCCGGCUGGAAGGGGAGCUUACCAAGGUGAGGAUGGCCCGCCAGAAGAUGAGUGAGAUCUUUCCCUUGACUGAAGAGCUCUGGCUGGAGUGGCUGCACGACGAGAUCAGCAUGGCCCAGGAUGGCCUGGACAGAGAGCAUGUGUAUGACCUCUUUGAGAAAGCUGUGAAGGAUUACAUUUCCAUUGUUAAUAGCACCAGUUAUCUUUUUCUGAGGAUCUAUGGUCUUCCCCAGACUGUAAUGUUUUUUGGUCCUUUAUGGUCAUCUCUGCUGUUAGGCCUUCACUGUCAUUUAGUGCUGCUGUCUGAGAACUUUUUUGGUCCUAACAUUUGGCUAGAGUAUGGCCAGUACUCAGUUGGUGGGAUUGGUCAGAAAGGUGGCCUUGAGAAAGUUCGCUCCGUGUUUGAAAGGGCUCUCUCGUCUGUUGGUUUGCAUAUGACCAAAGGACUCGCCCUUUGGGAGGCUUACCGAGAGUUUGAAAGUGCAAUCGUGGAAGCUGCUCGGCCCGUAGCUGGCUUCCUUUCCCCUUUUGACCGGGAACAAACCUUUGAUUCACAGCUUGAGAAAGUCCACAGUCUUUUCCGGCGACAGUUGGCGAUCCCACUCUAUGAUAUGGAGGCCACAUUUGCAGAGUAUGAAGAAUGGUCAGAAGACCCAGUACCAGAGUCGGUAAUUCAGAACUAUAACAAAGCACUACAGCAGCUGGAGAAAUAUAAACCCUAUGAAGAAGCACUGUUGCAGGCAGAGGCACCAAGGCUGUCAGAAUAUCAAGCAUAUAUCGAUUUUGAGAUGAAAAUUGGCGAUCCUGCUCGCAUUCAGUUGAUCUUUGAGCGCGCCCUGGUCGAGAACUGCCUUGUCCCAGACUUAUGGAUCCGUUACAGUCAGUACCUAGAUCGGCAACUGAAAGUAAAGGAUUUGGUUUUAUCUGUACAUAACCGCGCUGUUAGAAACUGCCCCUGGACAGUUGCCUUAUGGAGUCGGUACCUCUUGGCCAUGGAGAGACAUGGAGUUGAUCAUCAAGUAAUUUCUGUAACCUUCGAGAAAGCUUUGAAUGCUGGCUUCAUCCAGGCCACUGAUUAUGUGGAGAUUUGGCAGGCAUACCUUGAUUACCUGAGGAGAAGGGUUGAUUUCAAACAAGACUCCAGUAAAGAGCUGGAGGAGUUGAGGGCCGCCUUUACUCGUGCCUUGGAGUAUCUGAAGCAGGAGGUGGAAGAGCGUUUCAAUGAAAGUGGUGAUCCAAGCUGUGUGAUUAUGCAGAACUGGGCUAGGAUUGAGGCUCGACUGUGCAAUAACAUGCAGAAAGCUCGGGAACUCUGGGAUAGCAUCAUGACCAGAGGAAACGCCAAGUACGCCAACAUGUGGCUAGAGUAUUACAACCUGGAAAGAGCGCAUGGUGACACCCAGCACUGCCGGAAGGCCCUGCACCGGGCUGUCCAGUGCACCAGUGACUACCCAGAGCACGUCUGUGAAGUGUUACUCACCAUGGAGAGGACAGAAGGUUCUUUAGAAGAUUGGGAUACAGCUGUUCAGAAAACUGAAACCCGAUUAGCUCGUGUCAAUGAGCAGAGAAUGAAGGCUGCAGAGAAGGAAGCAGCCCUCGUGCAGCAAGAAGAAGAAAAGGCUGAACAACGGAAAAGAGCCCGGGCCGAGAAGAAAGCGUUGAAAAAGAAGAAAAAGACCAGAGGCCCAGAGAAGCGCGGAGCAGAUGAGGACGAUGAGAAAGAGUGGGGCGAUGAUGAAGAAGAGCAGCCUUCCAAACGCAGAAGGGUCGAGAACAGCAUCCCUGAAGCUGGAGAAACACAAAACGUAGAAGUAGCAGCAGGGCCCGCUGGGAAAUGUGCCACUGUAGACGUGGAACCCCCUUCGAAGCAGAAGGAGAAGGCAGCCUCCCUGAAGAGGGACAUGCCUAAGGUGCUGCACGACAGCAGCAAGGACAGCAUCACCGUCUUUGUCAGCAACCUGCCCUACAGCAUGCAGGAGCCGGACGUGAAGCUCAGGCCACUCUUCGAGGCCUGUGGGGAGGUGGUCCAGAUCAGACCCAUCUUCAGCAAUCGCGGGGAUUUCCGAGGCUACUGCUACGUGGAGUUUAAAGAGGAGAAAUCAGCCCUUCAGGCACUGGAGAUGGACCGGAAAAGUGUAGAAGGGAGGCCAAUGUUUGUUUCCCCCUGUGUGGAUAAGAGCAAAAACCCCGAUUUUAAGGUGUUCAGGUACAGCACUUCCCUAGAGAAACACAAGCUGUUCAUCUCAGGCCUGCCUUUCUCCUGUACUAAAGAAGAACUAGAAGAAAUCUGUAAGGCUCAUGGCACCGUGAAGGACCUCAGGCUGGUCACCAACCGGGCUGGCAAACCAAAGGGCCUGGCCUAUGUGGAGUAUGAAAAUGAAUCCCAGGCGUCGCAGGCUGUGAUGAAGAUGGACGGCAUGACUAUCAAAGAGAACGUCAUCAAAGUGGCAAUCAGCAACCCUCCUCAGAGGAAGGUUCCAGAGAAGCCAGAGACCAGGAAGGCACCAGGUGGCCCCAUGCUUUUGCCGCAGACAUACGGAGCGAGGGGGAAGGGAAGGACGCAGCUGUCUCUACUGCCUCGUGCCCUGCAGCGCCCAAGUGCUGCAGCUCCUCAGGCCGAGAAUGGCCCUGCCGCGGCUCCUGCAGUUGCCGCCUCAGCGGCCACCGAGGCACCCAAGAUGUCCAAUGCUGAUUUUGCCAAGCUGUUUCUGAGAAAGUGAACGGGACUCUGGGAGACAGGAAAUGCCUUACUUCACUCUGGCCCGGCGGACCUCCCACCACCCCGCGGUGCACUGGGGAUGGACAGGCCUGGUGUGCUGCCCGCUCGCAACCACAGAUGGCUCCUCUGCUUUAGACAGAAAGGGGGAAGGGGUUCUAAGUCAAGAGCCUUUCAGUGCUCCCUCAUAUUGAGGGCAGUGGCAGAAAAGUGACCACUCUGCAGGCUCCCUGGGCCCAGGAUGUGGUGUCCCAAGAUACGUUUGUGUCUUAAAGACUGAGGCACAGAAGCGAAACGAGAACACGGUUUUUGAGAUGCAGUUGUCCAAAUGUUUCUGGCCAGCUCCGGCCCCUUUUUGUAUGACACUUCUCUUCUACACUGCACAGCACAUGUGCCCGUCAUUCUUUUAAUUUUAAAAGAUGAAAUGGCAGAUGCUAGUAAUUCACCAGAAUGGCCUAUUACGGGGGUGGGUCUGAGGGAAGUCAUCUAUAAAACAUUUGCUGGAUUUUUGUUCAAGGGGGCUGUGCAUUUUUAUAUUAUGUAUUUGUAAAUGACAUGUCAGCCAUUAUUUCAUGUUUCCUAAAAGCAGAAUAUUUGCAACAUUUGUUUUGUAUAGGAAUUAUUUGUGCCACCUGCUGUGGACUGUUUUCUUUGCCUAGUGACUAGUGACCUGUGUUGUCUAAACAUGAGUUCAGCCCUUUGGUUUUGUUUAAUACCAUGUCAAAUGCAAACUUCAAUUCUCCCCAUUUAGCUUUAUUAAACUGAAGUUCUCUUCAAAACUUCUUGCUGAAUGGUACUCAGAUGUGCAUUCACAUACAGAUGUGUUUUGAAGUGGGUGUACCUUGCUUUACCUAAUAGAUGUGUAAAUAGAGCUUCUGUAAGUCAAAUCCCAUUGUCACUUUGAUUUAAAUUAUUUCAGCUGUGAUGUGUCUUCAGUUUUUAUACAAUUCAGUUUAUAGCAGUUUGACACUGGAGCUUUUGAGCUUUUUUACCUCACAUCUUUAUCAAAUAUUUAUUGCUUUGAAAACAGCAUUGCCAGUUCAGUAGGGGAAGCUUACUUUAUUAAGACACUCUGGAGAAAGAUGUCAGGGAAUCCUUGUGUAUGUCAUAGGAAUCAACUCCUCAUUUAUCUGUUGUGUAAGUUUUUGUGCAUCAGUCGGGCUUUUCUAUAUUUUUUUAACUUAACAUUUUUUAAUAUAACCGAUUAAAAAGUAGACAGAACAGUAAAAUAAACUCCUGUGUGCCUACCA